GUAGAUUUAGCCAGUGCUUCAGUGUGCUAAGUACAGACACAGGCCAGAAAGUCUUUGGCCCCAACAUAUGUCUUUGUCCAGUUGCUUUCCAUAAAGCUGGUUUCUAAUUUACAACUUCUUCCUCUUGCAGUCAGGUGAGUUCAGACAAGCCCCAGCGAUCACGUAAUCUUGGCCAGAGCACCGGAGCGAUGUCACAGCAAUUCCUCUACCGUGCUCUGGUAUCUGCAAAAUGGCUCUCAGAAGCCAUCAAGUCCCAGCAAGCUGGACUGGCCUUAAGGAUCGUGGAUGCAUCCUGGUAUUUGCCAAAGAUGAAGCGUGACCCAAAGCAGGAAUUUGAGGCACGCCAUAUCCCUGGUGCAGUUUUCUUCGACAUUGACCAGUGCAGUGACCGUACUUCACCCUAUGAUCAUAUGCUGCCCAAGGCUGAUGACUUUGCAGAGUACGUGGGGAAGCUGGGUGUGGGGAAUGAUUCCCAUGUUGUGGUGUAUGAUGGCAGUGACCAAGGUCUCUUCUCUGCGCCCCGAGUGUGGUGGAUGUUUCGGGCCUUUGGACAUGAAGCAGUUUCCCUUCUAGAUGGCGGCCUGAAGAACUGGCAGCGAGAGGGGAAUCCACUGAGCUCUGGAAAGAGUCAGGUAGCUCCCUCUGAGUUCCACGCCUCCUUGGACAAGUCCAUGGUGAAAAGCUAUGAGGACAUCAUAGAUAACUUGGAUUCCCACCGCUUUCAACUAGUGGACGCACGUUCUGCAGGACGGUUCCGGGGAAUAGAGCCAGAGCCCCGAGAUGGAAUUGAGCCUGGUCAUAUCCCUGGGUCCCUGAGCAUCCCCUUCACUGAUUUCCUCACAGAAUCGGGCUUAGAGAAGACCCCUGAGCAAAUCCACAGUCUGUUCCAGGAGAAGAAGGUGGACCUCUCAAAGCCGUUGGUAGCUACGUGUGGCUCUGGGGUCACUGCCUGCCACGUUGCUCUGGGGGCAUACCUCUGCGGCAAACCAGAUGUCGCUGUGUACGAUGGGGCCUGGGUGGAAUGGUACAUGCGAGCACAGCCUGAAAAUGUUAUUUCUGAGGGAAAAGGGAAGACACUGUAGUAAGUUGUUUCCUCUCCCAGCCAUGCAGAUAAUUUGCCUUGAAACAGGAUUUGGAAUAGAUGGGUUUAACAUUCCUUGUUGAGAUAAGUGUCAUAAGGUGAAGGUGUUGAGUAACAAGCGUGGGUACGUGAUAUUUAGGCACCUUCUCCGUUCCCCUACCACUAGCAUGCUGGAGCAUAAAGAUGAUCUCUUUUACAGCAUCGGAUGGAAGGGAGAGAGUGCUGGUAGCAGUGUGGGGAAGUAAUUGAGUCAAGCCAGCCCCAUGACUCAAAACAUUCAUGUUUACUCACAGGAUGGUCGUACUUCUAUAACUGUGCCUCACGAUCAUGCUCUCUGCCUGGCUGUUAGCAUCUGGAUGCCUGUGUCCUCGAAUCCACCCGUGUGGAUAAUGGUCAUUUUGAGCACAAAGCCUAGGGGAAGGGCAUAGCCAUUGUAGGAGCAACUAUGACUUUUAGUUUGGCACUGGAUGAAGUUAGACGCUUGGUCUGAAUUUCUUCUUGCGCUUGGAAUCUUAACUGCAGUGUGCGCUUAGCUGGUUUUGUACCCUGAUGACCCCAAAUCCUUUUUUAAUAAACAGGAAAAAAA